CUGACACUCACAGGUACAUACCGAUCAAAGUAAAUGCAUGGUUUGUUUUUUUUAAUCCCUAAAGGCAAGAAGCCAGCCAGAGGAGCAGUCGGGGGAGGAAGCCUCUGGUGAAGAUGCAGGACCGAAGAAGCCGCGUGGACUCAGAUACACUGAAGCGGAAAAUUGUGCCCUAGUGGGUGGCGUCGACAGGUCCUACGACGUCCUGUAUGGACCAAGGGCACAGUCCACAGCAGCUAAGACCAAGCGAAACAUCUGGGAUGCCAUCGCGAGACAAGUCACUGCAGUAUCUGGAAACCGCCGGAGCACCAGAAACUGCAUGAAGCGGUACAGUGAUUGCCGCAGACAGACCAAGAAGAAGAUGGGGAUUCAGCGCCGACAUGAGACAGCUACGGGAGGUGGUCCGGCUCUCAAUCUGAAGUGGCUACCCUGGGAGGAAGUUAUUAAAAGGCGCAUGAACCCUGCCAUGGUCGAAGGAGUUCGCGGAGGUGUGGACUCUAGCCGUCCUGCUGGCUUUCCCGAGGAGGAAGAACCGCCCAGAAGCCGGCGGGAGACAAGCAGUCCAAAAGGAGGCCUGCUAUGAGGCAGCUCAUACAUUCAGAUGAGCUGUACUAAAAAAAAAUGUUUUUGUAUUUGCUAAUGUGUUUUUUGUUUCUCACAGACACGCCUGCCCAGAGGACAUCACCUGCGCGCAGGACAUCGCCAGCGCGCGGACCAUCACCUGCGCAGCAGGCAUCGGCAGCAGCGCGCGGACCAUCACCUGCGCAGCAAGCAUCAGGAGCGCGCAGAUCAUCACCUGCGCGCCACACAUCGUCAUCGCGCAGUAAGUCACCUGCGCGCCAGACGACGUCAGCGCGCAGACCAUCACCUGCGCGCCAGACACCGUCGGCGACCACACCACCAGAUGGGCGUCAAACUACAGCUCCUGCGCUCAGGCUAUCACCAGAUAGUCAUCUCUCCAGGAGCUCUGGGACUGUGACCGAAGCGCCUCAACAAGACACUACCCUUGUGGACCCAUCACCCGAACUGUUUGAGUCUACAGGGUUAACUGAUGAGACUUUUCUUGGGUUUGAAGACAGCCGUGCAGAAGUAUCCAGCCGGACCCUUGAAAAGUCUCCAGAAUUGAGGACAAGUGAAGCUCCUGGAGCAGCGGCACCACCGGAUGGCGAAGAGGUGCCACGGACCAGCAGCGGACUUGCGUCGGGGAUUGGUUCAUUCUUCAGGCCGGAUCUCCUACAGGAUUCGUCAGAGGAUGACGAAGUGGAAGUGCAGCAGCCUGCUGUUUCUACAUCCCUGUCUGCACAAAUGCAAUUGGUGGCAGACGACCAGGAAGGGCAGGAACCCUCAAAUGUUCAGAGGGUACACACCCUGGCAGCAGAGAUGAAUGUCAGCCAGGAUAGUUUUCGGGUUGUCGUUGGAAGCAGACUGGACGCCAUUGAGAGGACAGUGGAUAAGAUGGCAAACGGUCUGCUUGAAAUGCAGAAGGCUCAUGCCGACAGCGCAGCCGAAAUUCAAAAGACCAGACGAGAAGAUCACAGGGAGACUAUGGACAUCCUUCAAGUUCUGGCCACAUCCAUCAACCGGCUGGUGGAGAACACAACAUGCCUGGCACACAGCACUAACAACAUGUCGGAGAGCCAACGACACUCGGCAGCCAGCCAACAGAUCAUCGCAACCACACUGCAGAUGAUGUACGAUAAACUCCCAGAACCAGCUCAUCAACACGCUGGUGAUCCACCACUUCCGCAAUCACAAGCCACAUGGACGCCUCCUUCCCUUCCUUCACCACCAUCCUGGUAUAGACGGUCACAGCUGUACCAAGGAUAUACAGGGAUGAACCCCACCCACCAGAUGCCUCCACCACCAACACCGGCCACAACAUCUACACCCGCACGGGCACCGAGGCCAAGUCAACCCACUACCCAGCCGCCCAGGACAUCGACGCCCCAUCAGGAGGAAGACGAGGAUCCGGACAGACAUCCACCAUGAGCCCGGUCGUAUUGUUUUAUUUACUGUUAUGUUUUUCAUGUAUCCCUUUCUCUCCCUCCCAUUGGUUUUUUUUUUUUCUUACUAUUGUUUUAUACGUGUUGGGCUCCCCCACCCGUGACCGGGUACUACCAAGUAGCUUUAUGUCUAGGCAUACAUGCGCGGGCAUGUAUGCGGGCGCGUGUGGUAACGGAUGAAAGCUCCUUGUGGCUACAUGUAUGAUGGGCCAAAGAGCUAUUCUGAUACCACUUUUUUGCCCCAAAAAAACUUUUUGUAUUGGUGUACAAUAGGCUUUCACUGUUGUGUGAAUUUACUAUUCACUAGUGUUUGUUUUUGGCUUAUUCAUAGGAUUGGGUGGAAAAUUGAAGUGGACGGCAUAAGUUCGUGUUGUGCGU